AUAUGAGAUAGGAUAUCAUGUAUUACAGCCUGACAACUGUUUAGGUGCUAUUGAUAGGUUGAUUGCAAAUGUUUUAAUUACUGUCAAUGCCCCCAGUAACAGUACAUUCAUUAACAUUACUGGUCUUACUGAUAUGUCUUGUUAUAUUUUUGGUGUACGUGCAUACACUGAUAAUGGAUAUGGACUAUGGACAAUUAUUGCUAAUGAGACACUAGAAUUACCAAUGCAGCAACCACCUUCAAGUACAUUAGUAUCAACAUUACCUUCAGUGUUCACAGUAUAUCCAAGCACUACUUCAAACAAAUCAUGUAAUGAUAGAGAUAUUGCAUUUAGUGUGUCAGUAGGUGUAUUGAUUAUUCUACUAACUGUCAGUGUCAUUUUUAAUAUAUAUUCCUUUAUAAGAAUGAGAGGUCCUAAGGGUACCAAACAAGCAAAAUCUGAUGGUGAUAUUGCAAUGCAAGUAUGUGAACCAUAUGAUCUUCAAAAGACUAAACUAAGUGAAGAGGAAAGAGUCUAUGAUGAAUAUCAAAUGUCACCUGAUGCUGUUUAUGAGACUAUGCCACAAUGAAUUGUUAUUGUGAUUGUUACCUUAAAAGUUUUGUAGCUUUGUAUUCUUGUAGCCACACUAGAAAAAAUUAAAAAG